ACAAAUUGCCCCUAUAUUCAUGUUCAUGGCCAAUUCUUCUCUCCGUGAGUUCUCUGUGCUCAGAUCUUCUGAAAGCUAGAGGGUUUCGUCACUCCUGACUUCUGUUACUUCUUCUGUGAUUAACUGAGAGACUGAUUCAGGUUCUCACCAGACGUCUGCUGAUAUUUUUGUGCGGCAUGGAAUCCAAGUGAAAGAACAGAGAAAAGAGAAAGGAAAGCGUCGGCUCGUCCAUCUGUGAAUAUCUCUCUGUUUAUGUUUCGGUUGAGGUUUUGGAAAUUCGAUCCGGCGAUGCAGAAGUUGAUGCGGUGGUUGGUCACUCUAUGAUCUUCGCUGCAGCGUUCGUCCUUGUGGUUCUUAGGGUUCGCAAGAAAGCUGAGGAGGAGGAGGAGGAGUGCAUGAGGGAUUUGGUUUGGUUUCUAUGCUUCGUCAAGAAUUCCAAGAGAGUGAGGCGCGACUGUGGGCUUGUGAUACGGAGCAGGGGCAGAUGGGGGAAAUGUGGCUGAUUUCGGUUAUUGUCGGUGCCUGGUACGUUUGCGUUUGAGUUUGAUUUUGAGCAGUGACGGAGAUUUUUCAUUAGCGGGGUUUUGGAAGGGUGAAUUUGGAGUUUGUGAAAACAAAUUAAAAAUGCAGCAAGAUCAGCGAAAGAAGAAUCCAACAGAGACGGAUUUCUUCACUGAGUAUGGGGACGCCAAUAGGUAUAAAAUUCAGGAAGUAAUAGGGAAAGGAAGCUAUGGCGUUGUUUGCUCAGCUAUUGACACACAUACUGGAGAAAAGGUGGCAAUAAAAAAAAUACAUGACAUUUUUGAGCACAUAUCAGAUGCCGCUCGAAUCCUGCGUGAGAUCAAACUACUCAGGCUUUUACGACAUCCUGAUAUUGUUGAAAUAAAGCACAUCCUCUUACCACCCUCAAGAAGGGACUUCAAAGAUAUUUAUGUUGUUUUUGAGCUCAUGGAAUCAGAUCUUCAUCAGGUCAUUAAAGCUAAUGAUGACUUGACACGGGAGCAUUAUCAGUUUUUUCUUUAUCAGCUGCUACGUGCAUUAAAGUAUAUUCAUACAGCUAAUGUGUACCAUCGAGAUUUAAAACCAAAGAAUAUAUUGGCAAAUGCAAAUUGCAAGCUAAAAAUUUGUGACUUCGGGUUAGCAAGAGUUGCAUUCAAUGAUACCCCUACCACAAUAUUUUGGACGGAUUAUGUUGCAACAAGAUGGUAUAGAGCUCCAGAACUUUGUGGAUCAUUUUUCUCAAAGUAUACACCUGCAAUUGAUAUUUGGAGUAUAGGCUGCAUCUUUGCUGAGGUUUUAACUGGAAAGCCUUUAUUUCCUGGUAAAAAUGUUGUUCAUCAGUUGGAUUUGAUGACGGAUCUGCUUGGAACUCCUUCGAUGGAUACCAUCUCACAGGUCCGCAAUGAGAAGGCAAGGAGAUACUUAACAAGCAUGAGGAAAAAGCAGCCUGUUCCAUUUGCACAGAAGUUUCCAAAUGCAGAUCCGUCAGCACUCAAACUAUUGGAAAGAUUGUUAUCAUUUGAUCCUAAGGAUCGACCUACUGCUGAAGAGGCAUUAGCUGAUCCUUACUUUAAAGGCUUAGCAAAAGUUGAGAGAGAACCGUCUUGUCAGCCAAUAACAAAGCUAGAGUUUGAGUUUGAGAGGCGGAGGGUGACAAAGGAGGACAUUAGGGAGCUAAUAUUCAGGGAAAUUCUAGAAUAUCAUCCACAGCUACUGAAAGACUACAUGAAUGGGACUGAGAGGACAAAUUUUCUCUAUCCUAGUGCUGUUGAUCAGUUCAGAAAACAAUUUGCACAUCUGGAUGAAAAUGGUGGCAAAAGUGGACCAGUGAUCCCAUUGGAGAGGAAGCAUGUUUCCCUCCCCAGGUCAACAGUUGUCCAUUCAAAUACAAUUCCCCCCAAGGAUACAAAUUUGGGUUCUUUGAAAGACAGGCAAAUCCCAGAUGAGGCCUCUAAUAAGAACUCUAGAGAGACAGAUGGAACUUCUGGAAGCAUUUCUAGGACUUUGUAUGCGCCCCAUAGGAUCCCAUUAGCUAAACCUGGAAAAGUUGUGGGACCAGUUAUGCCAUUUGAGAAUGUGACUGGCAUCAAAGAUGCCUAUGAUCCAAGAAUAAUCAGGAAUGCGGUUCUUCCUCCUCAGGCUGCCCCAUCACCAUACUGUUACCGCAGGACUAGCAUGAAGCAAGAAAGAUCUGGUGUAGAGGCCGUAAGGGACUCAUCACAAACCAAGCCACAACCUUCACAAUGCGGCAUAGCAGCCAAAUUGCCCCCAGAAAUAGCCAUCGAUAUCAACACCUCUCCAUAUUAUCUUUCUCGAGCAGGAGUGACAAAAGCAGAACAAGUUGAUGAUCGAAUAGUCAUUGAUGCAAACCUGCUACAAGCAAAAUCACAGUACGGUGGGAUUGGUGCAGCUGCUGCUGCACAUAGAAAGGUGGGCACUGUUCAGUUUGGGAUGUCAAGGAUGUACUAGAGAAGUAGGAUGAAUUUAUCUGUACUCCAUGAUCAGAGCAGUCGAUGCAGAGAAAUGGAGAGACCAUUUACUAGGGCGAUUUUGAAAUCAUCAUGUGAAGGAGGGAGUGAAAAUGAACAACAAAGAGAAAGGAAAACAACAAAAAAACAGGAGACAAGAGAGGGUUAGGGUGUGGGUUGCAUUCACUGAAUGGGCAGCUGUCUUUGGGGGUGAUGAAGUGUUCACAAUUGAGUUAGAAGGGGUAGCUAGCAAUCACCAAUCAGUCUGUGUCAACAGUAAACAUAAUUAUAUCUUCAGUGAAAUUAUACAUUCCAUUGUUAAAGGCAUAAAGUAAAUAGAGGAAAAAGGAAAUCAUUAUCUGCUCUCUCUCUCUCUCUCUCUCUCUCUCAAGUGCCCAUUCAGCUCUAACAUCCUCCUAAUUGCUACUUGGUACAACCAUUAAAGUUUAAUUAAUGUCUCGUACCGAAAAAUCUCAAAUGAAUGGCGUGAUGUGUUUGGGGCAAGGGACCAUUCUGCCACUUGCUCUGCUUGAUCACUUGCCUGAUGGACGCGUUGUUGUACGAUUGUAGUGGAUUGGUUCUAUCCACGUGCGGUGUUGGACGACAGGAGAUUUUAAAGAUAGGUGGAAUGUUAACGAAGCCACCAUGGCCACCACUACAACCUUUGAAAGCAGUGGUCAUUACUGAUGGAAACCAGUCGAACAUGUCCUCCCAACCGGCGAUCCCGCAAACUUCCAGUAAAUUGCGAACGGCUCCUUGGAGCACAAGUAUUCUUUGGUGGAGAUUAGAAAGACCUUGGUGACUGACGAGGGUCUAUCCUACGUCGUGUUAUGUUUUGCAGCACUAGUAGGACGUGUUGAUGAAGGUGUGGCCUAUCUUGCAUGAGGCAAUAGUGGACCUGAAAGAGGAGCCGUUCGUGAAGGCGGAUGGUGAACCGGCGUUUUCAUACUACAGAGACAAGUCAGAGAUGAAUGAGCUAAUAUAGGAGGCUAUGUCGAGGGUAUUUGUGUCAUUCAUGAAAGGCAAUAUUGGAGGGCUACGAUGGAUUCAAAGGGGUGGAGUUCCUAGUGGAUGUGGGUGGAUGAGUGGAUGAUACUAUGGAAGCAUCCCCAUAUUCCUGGCGUGACACACGUCGGUAGAGAUAUGUUCGAGACUAAUCCGACCGACAAGAAGGUGGGUGUAUCCUGUAGCAUGGCAGAUUUGGUAUAAACACUUUAUAGUAUGAACACAUUCCUGGCGUGAUGCACAUCUCUCCCCUCUUUCACU